CGGCCCCGCCCGCCCGGCCUCGGCCUGCGGUCCGGCGCUCCUGCGCCCGGGAGCGCUGGCUCCUCUGGCGCCGAGCAUGGUGCAUUUUAACGGUGUAAUUAACCUUUUGAAGACAGCCAGUCCCACCCAUCAGGAUUCAGCAGGAUUAGAAGGCAAGCCAUCAGGUUACCCUCUUUUCUUAUUGGAACUUCCCUCAGUGAGGGUGGGUUUUGCUUUGUAGUCUUAGAUUUGUGUAAGCUUUGCCUACCACUUGAAUAAUAAUAUGAAGAAGCACAGGCCCCCUGAAAUUCAUGAAAAGCUGCAUUUUAGAGCAGCUCACGGGCUUUGGCGUCUUCCACUUGUGUUGGAAUUCUACAAGUUAUGCUCUGAGAAACUCGGUUUCCGUAGGUUUAAAAUGAGCUAAAUAAUGUUAAUUGCAAUGCAGAGUUUUAAGGAUUAGAGAUCUUUAUGGCACCUAGUUAGCAGUCAGCAUAUAGUCCCUACAAGCCGACCUUGGAUCAGAGAUGAAAAAAAAAUUUCCCUUUUAGUAUUACAUGUCCUACUUUCAACCACUCAUCAGCUUUUUAGGGCCUGCUUUGUGCUAGAGGCAGGUUUUCAAAAUUAAAGAAAGCAAGAUCUCUGCCCCUAAGAAGCUUACAAUAGAGUCUCUUGGCUAGAUUGACAAUAUACAGAUAAUACCAAUAAAUAAAUAGAUUACAAAUUGUGAGGAGUCUUACAAAGAAAGAGUAAGAGAGAAUACUUUUGUUUGGGAUGGGCAAGUGAUUUUUACACUGAAACCUGAAGGGUAUUGGGACAGAGCUUUCAGGGUUAAGAGGGGAGCAGCAAGUGGUGUUAAGACUUUGGUGCUUUCGAGUACUAGAAAAGCCCUGGAGUUUGGUGAGAAGCCAAGGAGGGUGCUGCCAGCCUGGAGAAGUGGGUAGGGCCAGAUUGUGAAGAGCCCUUACUACCUGGUAAGUUUGAUUUUCUAAAUGAACCUUUGAAGGGUUUAUUUAAGAUGUAUUUGAGUAGGGAGUGAGUUUACUUAAGAGAGGGAGAUACAAUUGAACUUACUUUUUAAAAGGCUCCCUGCUAAGUGAUUAAUGUAUUGCAGAGUAAUUAGAGUAGACACAGGGAGACCAGUAACAUAGAUGGACAGGCAGGAAAUGACAGUGGCUUUCCUUUGCGGUGGAUGGAGAGAUGUGGAUAGGUUUGAGGUGUACCUUGGAGUUGGAAACCAUAGGCCUUGUGAUAGAUUGGAGAUGCUGGAUAAAUGACCAGGUGGAAUCAUUCAAGACUUCCAGCUUUGCAGGUGGUGGGAACGACUGGGGAAGAUUUGGGUUGGUAAUGAAAAUGGAAAGCUCUUUUUUGAAUGUAAGUUUGAGAUGCUCCUGAGAAUCUAGACUAUCUACAGUUUACUCCACCUGCAAAUAAUUACCCAGAAGUCUUCUCUUCCCACACGGAAUCACGGAUGUUAUUGCUAGUCUAGUUAGUUCCCCAGGGAGAGAAUUAAGAUGUGGAAAGAUUAUCUUGUUCAAAGUCACAUAAUAUGUCUCAUAAAAAUAGGUGAGUAGGUAGAAUAUGGGAAGGUAUUGGACUCAUAUUCUAUUGGGGGUAUUAUUGAAUAUUCCAUAUUCUCUGCCCUUUUAUGUAAAACGGCAAGUACUUAUUAGGAGUUAGAGUUUGCAAAUAAUAGAAAAUAACAAAAAAGUUAGAAAACUCUGCUUAUUGAAAGCUUAUGUUACUACAUUUUGUACUUAACUUGGUAUUAAUUCCCAGUGAAAAUAGUUUUUCUUAAGAAAAAACACUUUAUUUGAAAGAUACUUUCCGUUGGAGAGUUUGACAAAGGGUGCCCAGUAAACCAGAGUAGAAUCUUUGAACAAAGCUCAUCUUUUUACUGUCUGAGUAUUUACUGUCUGAGUAUCCUGUGGAAUCCUGUCCGUCUAUGUACGUAAAGACCUCAGGCUUUAAAAUCCCCUGCUCAUCCUUUCCCACCUCAAGAAAAAAAGAUCCCUGUUCCUUUAUGAGCUGUUUGACCUUGGACAAAGUAUUGAAGCUCUGAGUUUGUUUCUUCUCCUGAAAUGGACCAAUUUUGACAAGAUGUAGUGCUGCAGUGUGCCUGAUGGAAUACAUUCAGUCAUGGCAUCCGAACUUUGUAAGACGAUCUCUGUGGCAAGGCUGGAAAAGCACAAGAAUUUGUUCUUAAAUUAUAGGAAUCUGCAGCAUUUCCCGUUGGAGUUACUGAAAGAUGAGGGACUACAGUACUUGGAGAGACUUUAUAUGAAAAGGAACUCCCUUACAACCUUGCCAGAAAACCUUGCUCAGAAGCUUCCAAACCUUGUGGAACUGUAUCUGCACUCAAAUAACAUAGUUGUGGUUCCGGAAGCAAUUGGGUCCCUUAUAAAGCUACAGUGUUUGGAUCUUAGUGACAAUGCCUUAGAAAUUGUUUGCCCAGAAAUUGGUCGUCUGAGAGCUUUACGUCAUCUUCGACUAGCUAAUAACCAACUGCAAUUCCUACCUCCAGAGGUUGGCGAUUUGAAGGAGCUGCAGACACUAGACAUUUCUACCAAUCGUUUGCUAGCUUUACCCGAGAGGCUUCACCUGUGCCUUUCUCUGCAGUACCUCACUGUGGACCGAAAUCGUCUAUGGUGUGUUCCGCGCCAUCUCUGCCAGCUGCCCAGCCUCAAUGAGCUCUCCAUGGCUGGAAACCGUCUUGCAUUUUUGCCACUUGAUUUAGGUCGAUCUCGAGAACUACAAUAUGUGUACGUGGAUAACAACAUUCACCUAAAAGGCUUGCCAUCCUAUCUGUACAACAAAGUCAUCGGGUGCAGUGGCUGUGGUGCUCCCAUUCAAGUUUCUGAGGUGAAGCUGCUUUCCUUCUCAUCAGGGCCACUAACUGUUUUCCUCCCUGCUGAAGUGAAGGCCAUAGGGACAGAGAAGGAUCAUGUCCUGCCUCUCCAAGAGCUGGCCAUGAGGAGUCUGCAUCGUACCUACCACAGUUCUCUAAAAGAUUUGAACUUUCUGUCUCCAGUCUCAUUACCCAGAAGUCUCCUGGAGCUGCUGCAGUGCCCCCUCGGGCACUGUCACCGGUGUAGUGAGCCCAUGUUUACGAUCGUCUACCCCAAGCUCUUUCCCCUGAGAGAGACACCAAUGGCAGGGCUGCACCAGGGGAGGGCAGCUGUUAGUUUUGUGGCUUAUUGCUGCUCCACCCAGUGCCUGCAGACUUUUGACCUACUGAGCUGAUAGACACUCAGGAGCCUCAGGAGUGUUGCCAGCUUGACACUGCAGUCUCCUGCAAGUCGCACAUUGUGCAGCAGCGGGACAAAAGAGCCCAGCCAGACCAACAGAUCCUAUCAUCCUGCCCUGUCCUAUCCAGCUCCAGGAUUGCAGAACCUGGAAAUAUCUCGAUAGAGCUUCAGAGCCGAAAUGCCUUCACCCUGCCCCCACGUCGGAAUAUAUCCUCCCUCAAAUUAAGGACCCUUUGUCUUCUGUGUUUUUCUUUCUCUGGAAGUGUGUCUUGCAGACAGAGUAUUUACUUUGAUACACCUGCCCAAAUCUAAUGUAGAGGAAGCUUCAGUUCCCUGAAAAACUCUGUUCAUAAUGUAACUAAAUCAGUUUUUGGACACACAUACCUUCAUUGCUACCUGUCAUCUUCUCCUUUCUCUUUCUGUCCCCAGAGAAUUAUUUCCCCCAGAGGUUAUUCCUCAUGUUUUUAAUGAAUUUCAGCAAACCCUACAAACCUCAGUAGUAUUGAAGAGCAGUGGAGGGUGGACUAGGUAAGGACAAGAGUGCCUGAGUUGGCAGCCAGUUAGAUGACAGCAGAGGCUUCACAAGGGUGCCCUGGAAAGUUACAACCUUGUUUGUAAACCUUUGCAACAUAUUAAGAGACUUUUAUGAGGGGUUUUAAAAAUAAAAAUGUAGAUUAUAGAUGAAAUACACACUUAUUUUGGAAGACUAUUUACAGAAAAAUAAUUUUUGAACUUUUUAUUUUCUGAUAAGAUUUUUUUUAAAGAGAAGAUUUUGAAGAUAUUUUGGGCUUUAAAAGUUCUGAUCCUUUUCUUUCUAGAUUUGAACAUUUUCUGGCUACUGAGAAAGGGAGAGAAAAAUCAAAAUAUGACUUCCGGUGUUUCAUUAGAUGGGUUUAUGUUUAAAUUUAUAUUGACUUUGAAAUAUUUUUAUUACAUCAGAUAAACAGGCUUCAGCUACUUCUGCUACUAGUUUUUAGCAGGUUGAUUCUAAAUAUAGCCUGUGCACUGUUAUUUAAAUACCUGGUGCAUUAGAUAAUCUACAUUUUGACCCUAGAUUUCUUAUGUGCUUGACACACUGUUGUCCAGAUAACAUUGAGAAAAGUCGGGAAGAGCAGGCUCAAUUCAGCCUUGGGCUUUUGCAGAAAGGCCACAAAUGGAAAGUGUGAGAUUAUGCUCUGACAAAAGAUAAAGCUUUUAAUGGAGAAUUCAUGUAUUUGUUCCUCCUUUGAAAGGAUGGCAUUUUCAUGUUGCUUUGCUGCCAGAUGUUCAUCUGGUUGCUGUGAAGUGAUUGUUUUUUUACUUUAUAAAAAAAAAUAUUUUUAAUUAUGGAGAUUUCUCUGAGGCCCCAAGAAGGUUUACUUGAUAAGAAAAUUAUUUCAAAAAAUUUUGGACUUGUCAAAAAUUUGCUUUAUUGAAUUUUAUUAACUGUCCUAAAUCUGUAAUGCUAGGCUCUCACAGUGCUAAAAAUCCUGCAUAGUUACUGACAAAUGUGUGAUCUUUUCACAGUCACACCACCUGCUGCCCAGAAAGCAGACUAUCCACAUAGAAUGGUGAAGGCAGAACAUUACCAACUGUAUUUCCACUGUUCUUACUUCCUCUGUCCCUUUCAUAACUUGGCCUGUUCAGCCUUAAUAUUUCAAAGGCUUGUAGUAUAAUAGGAACUGAAGAUCUAUCUCAAAAUGUAACGCUUAUUUGAUCCUCUGGAAUAAUUGAAGUUUUAGGGUAACCUCUACAUGUAUAUAAAUUGGGAGAUGAAAAAUGUGGUAUGAAAUUUUCCAAAUGUGGUUUAAGCCUAAGUGGCUACUGCUAUCUAUCAUUAAGUGACAGUAAUAUGUUUCAACAUCUUUCUGCUUCACCUUUACAAUCAUAUAUCUUAAAAUGGAGCUAUGAAAUUGCUAACCUGAUAUUCAGGCUUCUGUUGAAAUAAGGAUAUAGAUACUUUUAACUUGUUGGAAAUUUUACAAAGAGAGUAACAAUGCAAGUAGCCUCUCUGUACCUUUAUAAACAAUAUGUGUUGACCUCCAGCAGUGGGCUGGGCAGACAGCCUUUAGGUGGUCUCAACCUUAAUCAUUGAUGGAGCACCCAACAAAAUUGAUGAGAAGUGGAACUCAGAAUUUGUCUUCUUUGGUUCUGUUCAUUAUAAAAUUUUGUAAUGGAUUCACUGAUGUCAUUCUUAAUCUUUUGAUAUUAUAAAGGAGUGUUGUAGGCUGGAGAAAAUUGGCCUACAUUCUAAAUAUUUGAAUUAUGUCCAGAGCUUUGCAGAAAUUAUAAAUUUAUUAUAUAUGUGGUUUUUUGGAGCAAGUGUUAACACUAGGUAGAGGAAUAUUUCAUGCAGUUGUAUAAUGCCAGAAGAGUGAGUUAUUUGGAAAAUAUAGUCAUUCAGGUAAGUUUACAUCAGUAAUCUGAUACAUGGUUAAUGGUAAAUUUAAAAAUCCAGGAUACCCUGUUGGGCACAGGCCUUCUUAUGAUACAAUGUAAAGGGGUCUGUUUUAAGUGGAUUAACCCUAUCAGUGUUCUUCAAAAUGCCCAAUUGUUAUCAUAGCAGAAUCCUCAGUUAUAUAACAUUGAGUAGAUGAAAUGUUUCAUCGUCAAUGAGUAAGACACAGAGAAAGCACAUUUUAACAUUUUUAAAAAUGAUCUACACACAAAACAGCUUAAAGAAUGAUGAACUCCUUUGUUAUCUGGCCCUCCUUUUCGGGAAGAGCAAGGUCUACAUUAAACAAACGUCUUUGGCCAAUGGUACUCAACAUUCACUAAAACCUUGCACACUCUGGCUUGUCUGUCUAGCUUACUGUGUAUCUCACUUUUCUUCUACAUUUAGCAUUACAAAUUAAAAUGUUUACAAUCUAAGAAAAAAAAAGACUUCAAUACCAGUUGAUGUACGAGGCUUUGCCUAUAGUUUUCCCUAAAAUGUAUACCUAUUUUGGUAAACUCUUUCAAAGCCAGUUUUAGAAAUUAUUAAUAGUAGAAUUAGAUUUCUGUUUCCUGAAUUGAAAAAUCAAACAUGUUUAUCUUUACUGUAAAAAGCUCAAGCCCGAUACCUUGCUCCCAGGGAAAUCAAAACAUUUUUUAUUCAGAUAAUUUAUUAACUAGGCUAACGCUAAUGCAGCCUGAUGUAACUAAAUAUUGAGAUGUAAAUUCAUUUCCUAGUCUUGUAACCUUAUUUUAAAAUAGGGAAUCUUAUUUUUUAAAUGUAUCCUUACAUAACCCUGGCCAUUUUUAUGCGCUUAUCAUUUUUGUGGUUUCCACCAAUUCUUUCUUGCUUACUCCUAAUGAGGCUUUUCUACAUUUCUCCAGGAAUUAAGUGAAUAUCUUGUUUGGGGCUGUUUUUUGUUUUUUUUUUUUUUGGCCACCCUCACAGUAUGUGGAAAUUUCUGGGCUGGGGAUUGAACCCAGGGCACAGCAGCAACCUGAGCCACAGCAUUGACAAUGCUGGAUCCUCAACCAGAGAACUCAAUGGUUUGCCUUCUCUUAAACUGAGAGGAUUUUUAUGAAGUCUGUAUUCUUGAAAAUAGCUACAUUUCUAUCUAAAAAGCAUUCAAAUCUCAAUAUUCCUACCCAAGAAGUACCUCCUUGUGCUAUUACCUAGUAGAUCUGAAAGUGAUACAGGUGCCUCUAGGAAAGGGAUUGGUCAUAGCUGAAUGACUGUUAUCCUUGGUCAGGAAAAGAGAUUGCAUUACAGCCUAGGUUGUUCUCUUUGUGCAUCAGAGACAGGAAGGUAUUGGCAGUGCAGUGUGCUAGCUGAGCAGAAGGUGGAGCAUUUGGAGGUCAUUUCCGUAAGUAAUUAAGAGACUUGGCAAGAGUUGGCCAGGUUCCUGCCCACCUCCCACUUCCAUUCCAUUCACCUUACCACAGAAUGUGGAUUAUCCUUGCCACCUGUGUUAAAGAAUGUCAGGCUUUGCUUCUCAACAAUUUUGAGACUAUAAUAAUCUGAAGUUUUUUCUUUUCUCCUUCCCUCCUUCCUAUCCUUCCUUCCUUCUUUUCUUUCCUUCCUCCCCCCUCUCUUCCUUCCUUCCUUCCUUUUUUUUAGCUCAGUGAAUUUUACUACAUUUAUAGUUGUACAACCAUCAUCACAACCCAGUUUUACAGCAUUUCCAUCCCUAACCCACAGUCCCCAACCUGUCUCCUCUGGUAACUAAGUUUUUCAAAGUCUGUGAGUCUGUUCUGCAGAUACAUUCAUUGUAUCCUUUUUUAGAUUCCACAUAUAAGUAUAAGUGAUAGCAUAUGGUAUUUGUGUCUCACUGUGUGACUAACUUUACUUAGAAUGAGAACUUCUAGUUCCGCCCAUGUUGGUGCAAAUGCCAUUAUUUCCUUUUUAUGGCUGUGUAAUAUUCCAUUGUGUAUAUGUACCAUAUCUUUAUCCACUCCUCUGUCAAUGGACAUUUAGAUUGCUUCCAUGUCUUGACUGUUGUAUACAGUGCUGCAUUGAACAUUGGGGUACAUGUGUGUUUUUGAAUCAUGGUUUUCUCUGGAGAGGUGCCCGGGAGUGGGAUUGCUGGACCAUAUGGUAAUGCUAUUUUUAGUUUUUUGAGGAGUCUCCAUACUGUUUUCCAUAGUGGUUGCACCAGUUUACAUUCCCACCAACUGUGUAAUAGGGUUCUCUUUCUCCACACCCUCUCCAGCAUUUACUGUUUGUAGUUUUUUGAUAAUGGCCAUCAUAGUAGUUUUGAUUUGCAUUUCUCUAAUAAUUAGUGAUGUUGAACAUCUUUUCAUGUUUUUAAUCCAUCUUUAUGUCUUCUUUGGAGAAUUGUCUUUGAUGGGAUUGUUUGGGGUUUUUUUGGUAUUGAGCUGCAGGAGGUGUUUCCUUCCUUCUUUUUAUAUAAUGAAAACAUUUUGAAAACUGAGUCUGCCUACUGAAAAUGUUGGCAACAUUCAUUGGAGUAUGGACAUUUUCUGUAAGCCAUUCUAUAUCUAGUUUGGUUGUUCCAAUAGAUGCUGCUCUUUAAAGUUGAGCUUGAAACAUGUAAAUGCCUAGAAAUGUCACUGGUGGUGGCUUUACUGUUUUAACCAGAUUCAUUUUGUUAAGAGAAAUAAAAGGACAUUAAAUAUUUAAA